UCUCCUUAAUAAUGCCUCCCUCCCCAUCCCCUUCUCCUGCACCCUCCCCCGCCCCUCCUCUCCUCCUCCAUGCCUCCUCAUCUCCGCCCUCCCAGCUCCCCAUCGACUUCUCCCCUCCCCUCAUCGCCAUGGUCGUCGUCGUCGCCACCGCUUUCCUAAUCGUCACCUACUCCCGCCUCAUCUCCCGCCACCUCAUCCCCCCCAUCAUCCGCUUCUCCCGCCACUGGCGUCGUCACCGCCGCUCCUACCUCCCCUCCUCCAUCGGCGACCUCGACUCCCCUCCCUACGACUCCUCCUUCGACCCCGCCGACGCCUUCCACGUGUUCUCCCCCUACGGCCUCGACGAGUCGGUGAUCAAGACCAUCCCUCUCUCCCUCUACACCGCCAAAACCGCCCUCCGGAGCAAAGACUGCGCCGUCUGCCUGAUCGAGUUCGAAGACGACGAGUAUGUCAGAACCCUCCCGGUUUGUUCCCACGCUUUUCACGUCGACUGCAUCGACAUGUGGCUCCGCUCCCACGCCAACUGUCCCCUCUGCCGCGCCGGAAUAUUCCGCCCCGAGUCCCCCUUCAUUCCCUUGAUGGCCGCCAGAAUCCGGCCCAGCCUCGACGACGCGCUCCUCCGCAGCAUGGCACUCGAGCCGCUCGCGGAAACUCCGCCGCGGGAGUCGGAGACUUCCGCGGCGGAGAUCACUCCCUGCGCAACGGAGGAGCAGUCGCCGCGGAGGGCGUUUAGUUACUGGGAGGACAGAAUCAACGGAGGCGAUUUCGUCCUCAAGCGAUCGUAUUCGUUCGGAUUCGAGCGGAGCUCCGCCUCGGAGCGGAUGAUGGUGACGGAGCCGACGACGGCGUCGCCUUGGCGGUACCGGAGAGGCGGUGGCUUCUGGAGCAAGCGGCCGUCGCCGUUCGGGUCUCUGUCAAAGCCGCGGGUCUUCUCGUUCCGGUCGCACCGCGGCAUGAGCAUGAAGUCGCCGUUCUUCCGGCGAAAGGGCUUCUUCCCGUUAUCGGAGUCAAGCGCGAGAUUCUCCACCGGCGGGGGCUCCUCCCGGCGGACGAAGUCGAUGACGAGCCCGAUGUUCAUGAGGUCGUCGGCGUUGACCGCGGCGGCGUUCUCGUCGAGUCGCCUCCGCUGCGGCGACCCCGAGGCGCUACUGUCGCCGGAGAGGUUUAACAGAAGAUAGGAGAAGAACGUGGGGUUGGAAAAUUAAAAAAUUUGCGGAAGGACACGUGGA